GACAUGAUAUCAUUAUUUUCUGGUUGAUUUCGGAAACCCAAUUAUGGCUUCUCUUCAAAUCUUCAAGGCCACCCUCUCUCCCACCCCUGUUUCCCGGUCAAGUUUCGCCGGAAAAUCCAGCUGGGUCUUCUCUGAAAUCCGGCCCGGGUAUACCACUGUCGUCAAGUCGUCUGGUUAUUAUCUGAGGAGGAGCUUCAGGGUCUGCUGCAAAGCUGAGGAAGCUGACAACAAAAGCAAUGGGGAAGAGCAGCCGGAGUCGUUGUUUAUGAAGGAAUUGAGGAAGAGGGGAAUGAGUCCGACUUCUUUGCUUGAGGAAGCAGAGAGGACUGAGCAUGGGAUCAAUGAUGAGAGGGGUAAAGAAGAUAGAGGCUUCUCAACUAGAAAUGCAGUGUCUACUGAAGUCGAGAAGAGUCUAGCUAAUCAGAGGGAGCGAUCCAUGCAAUUGAACAGUGAAGGCCUCGAGGGGUUGAUCCCUCGAGGAAGACUUUUGCUGACGCUUGGUGGGACAUUCUUCUUGGCAUUUUGGCCAUUUAUCAUCAUAAGUGUAGCACUAUUCUCCGCUCUCUACCUCUAUUUUGGACCAACAUUUAUCCACGACGCAAACAACAGACUACCAAUAUCACCACCUCAGUACAUAGAUCCGUAUGAACUUCUGGAAGAUGAAAGGAUUUCUCAAGUUGCCCCUCGCGUAAAGUGAAGCACAAGUCUUUUACAUAACUUAGAUUGUAAUACAGGUUUAUGUUGCCUAUUCUCUCUUGGCUCUUUUUUAUUCUUUCUCUAUAUAAAUCUCAAACUUACAAAUAACUGUUCCUCUAGUUCUAUAUGUUUUUUGCUUUGCACCAAUCUCUGAACACACUUACCUGCAAUGCUGUUUUAAACUGUCCUAUCUUCUGCUAUCAUUAUGUUUUAGCUGACAGACUUCUA